AUGGCAACUGAGGAACAAGGAGAAGAAAAGCAGCAAACCACAAGUACUCAAGCUGCUGCUGGUUUGGGAGGAGCCGUGGUAGAAAAGUAUCGACAAAUCAAAGAGCACGCAGAGACCUACCCUUAUGUGUGGGGUUCCUAUAUUGUUGUAUAUGGUGGUCUUGCCCUCUGGACUGCUUACAGAUGGAGAAAGCUUCGCAAGACUGAGGAUCGAGUACGGGCCCUUCAGGACAGAUUACGCAAGCAUUAUGCCGCCGAAGAGGCUUCUGCAAUCCCUCCCACACCAGUUAGAAAGGUUCCAGUUCCACCACCUGCUGAUAAAAUCUCCAAAUAUUUAGGUCAUUGA